CCAACCAGCCCAUGGGGCUCCACCGCGCAUGCUCACCCGAGGGAGUGAGUGAGGGAGGGGAAGACGAGCUGUCAUGGCGGCGCCGAGGCCUCCAGCAGCCGGCGGGCUGUUCGCCGAGAGCGUCGCGGCUGCUCUGGGCUCAUGGCCGGCCUUGCAGAUCGCACUGGAGAACGGGUUUGGGGGAGUCUACGGGCAGCAGAAGGCGGACUGGAUGGUGACGGCUGUGGAGCGGUACUUUCUGGACAACGCGGACCUGGACAGAGUGGAGGUGGAGGAGCUGCUGGCCGAGCUGCUGGACAACGAGUUUGACACGGUGGUGGAGGACGGCAGCGUGUCGGAGGUGGCGGAGGAGAUCUGGACGACCUUUGCCCUGUGCCGGAGGGGUCAGGAGGAGGAGGUGAGAGGUCGCAUCCAGAGGCUGGUCCAGAGGAGGCGCAGCGUCAGGGUGGAGGUGGUGGCGGGGACGAGCGGGGCCGAGGGAGCCGGGGAUGAAGAUAGCGAGGAGGAGGAGGAGGAGGAGGAGGAAGAUGGCGGAGCAGAGGCCAUGGACUGUGAGAGCCAGCCCUCCCCGGGCCCCGGCCCCCACUGCCCAGCCGCUGCCCAGGGCCCGAGCGAGGACAAGAGGGAGGCCACGGAUGAGUGGACGGUGGUUCGGCGCAAGAGGAAGUAGGCAAGGGAGGAGGUCGAGGGGCCAGACACCUCCCUCGUCAACGUACGACCCGGCCCCAACAGGGGCUUGAAACCACGUGGGGAAACUCACUGGCAAAGGGACAGACAGGAACGCACGCACUCUUUCCCCUCUUACCCCCUCUCUGCUCCAUCCUCUCUCUCCUCCUGCCCUCUCAUCCUCCCCUCUUCCUCUCCUCUCUCUCCCUCUC